AUGGACUCUUCCCGAAAGCUUGACUCUCCAUCCUCCUCAUACUCAAGGAGAUCCCCUGAGGAUGAAUCCCCUACCCAUGAGUCAUCUCCAAGUGCUAAUCGCGAAUCUUCCUGUGACUAUGAGACACAUGUCGAUCCCAUCGAGUUAAUCGAUGAGCUGGGCGACUUGCAACAAGCGUCCACUCUUAUGCUGAACAUGCUGAUCUCCGACCACAAGCGCCCGGCACUCGCUGUAAAGUUCGCCCAGGAGGCACGUCUAGCGGGUCCUAACGAAUCUACAAAUCGGCGUCUCACCAAAUUGGAUGCCAAACUGAGAGAACGCAUGGGUAAAUUUACCGAAAACAUGUUCAUCGAUGUGACCGGCGUAGCCGAAAUGAUUCCGUCGCUUACCAAAAAUGGUAAAAUAUACUGGGCACCCACACCGAUCCUGUACAGUGCAAACUGUGCUCGGCUUGCCCUGGAGGUGCUCUUUGCAAUUCCCAAGUCUGAGGAUGCGAAAGAGACCGUGCGGGCCCUUGAAGGCAUAUUUCCUGCUUCAUUCGUACCUCCACAACUCAGCGAAAAGCUUGAGGGUGCUGUGUUUGAUCUAGCUUUAGAGAUCCGCACUCAAUUUUUUAUUGCCGAAUUGGAGACACGCCAAAAGGAGAAGGUGUUUGACCCGGCUGCCACUCUACAACAAGUCUUCAAAGAACAAGUGGGAAGUAAAGACAACUUUGUUCGCUAUAUUAGGGGAUUCGCCUCGACUUCCCAGUUCCUGAAUGGAGACAACCGCAUGCCGACUCGUUUCCACGAUAAAGUGUUGGAGAGAGUGCAGGACCUGGAGGACUUGCUUCUCAUCGUCAUCUUCGAAGACAAGUUGGACAUUACAGAACUAAUGUCUGCAUACCCCUGGACCCGCAUCGUGUUGAAUACCGCACGCCUUCUGGCAGCUGUCAGCGACAGCCUGAAGUCGAGUGUUAAGUCCCAGCCAUCAGUUGAGGACGUGACACCUGAUCUCAUCAAAAAGAUCAAUGACCGGUCCUUUGAAAUUCCCGGCACUGACAAUAGCAUGAUAGAAAAACUCUCUGCCUUGGGUGAAUUGCAAGAGAACUCUCGUUUAGAUACUACCCUUGCAGAGUCUGAGACCCUCGUCGAUAGUUUCCACUUGGAAGAUGAGCUUGACAAUGAUACGCCUGAAAGUCAUCCCGAGACUCAUCGCGAGGAACAUCCCUCGAAGCGCCCUACGACACAUCUUGAGACUCACUCACCCGCCAGCUCAGAUGACAUAUACGAAACAAUCUUAAAAGGUCGCCAACAUCUUUCACAGCGUCGAACUAAUGGGCCGCCACGUCAAAGUAGCAGUGGCAACAUUUUUGCGGCUCAGAAAUCAGCAACACGGCCAAGCGUCCUCGUGCUGACUCUAGCACACAACCCGAAGAUGAGCGACAACACUCCGUACGACGCACGGAAGCAGUUACCCGGCCCACUGAGCCGGGACCGCGACACUGCGUGGGCUGCUCGGAACACUUCUCGUGAGGCCGAGAAUCCCACACGGGCUCCUCGUCAAGGUCAUAGUGCUCAUUGGACAACAGAAGAGGAUCAACGGCUCCUGGACUUGGUGGGCACCCACGGAUUCAAAUGGGCCCUUAUCCUCGAAGCAGACCGAGAAUGCCCAGCCGUAGAUGGCGGUCCGGUCUUCAAGCCUUAUCGACAAGCGCAAGCUCUGAAGGACCGCGCCCGAACUGUCGCCAGAAAUUAUUAUGAUUCUGGACAACCUAUCCCACAACCGUUUGUGGGUAUAAAACUGGGUAAAAACUAUCCAAAGAACCGUUAA